AGAAAACCGAAAAAAACAGUAUCAACUAAAUCUAUUAAAGCUAUAUCAAAAACAUCCACAAAAAUUUCCAAAAAUAAGACAGGAAAACAAAAAAGCAAGGCGAACGUCCCAAAAAUUUUACCAAUUGUUGAUGGAAUUAAUGAAGAUGAAAUCGAAUUAUCUGAAGAUGAUAUAGAAUUCUUUAAAGAACAUGAUCAAUUUACGGGAUUUUUGAAAAAUCUUGAUAAAGUGGCAAUUCACAAGACUAAAACAGUCAAUAUCAAAAAGCCACCUGUCAAAUCCAUGAAAAAUGAUAAAGAGUCUAUAUCAUCGUCGACUACUUCUUCUGAGGAUGAAUUAGAUCAAGAAAAAAUGUAUAUCUCUUCAAACUCGGAUACAGAACAAGAGUAUGAAAAAAUUCCACGUUCAAAUAAAGCUUGGAUACAAAAAGAACAAACCAAGCUGCCAAUUAAGUUUCCUGAUGGAAAAAUCAAACAGCGAGAAUUCGUAAAUGUAGAAGUCGGAAAAGAUGAUGAUGUGGAAGAGGAUUCUUCUAUGGACAUAGAUCAAGAAGAAGAAACUUCAAUUAGUGACAAAGAACAGAGUGAGCUUGCUAAUAAUGAUAAAGAGUUACAAGCUUCAGAUCAUGCGUCAGACACAAAUAUUACAAAUGAGGAAUAUAUCAAUAAAAAAAAAGUGCAAUUGGCGGAAAUAGCUCAACUUAUAAUCGAAGAUCCGGAAAAAAACAUCGGACAACUUAAAGUCUUACGAGAAAUAGCUACUGAUGAGAAUUUGAUGGUAAAAAAGUUGGCUCUAUUAACUCAACUUGUGGUAUAUAAGGAUAUAAUACCUGGAUAUCGGAUACGAAAUUUGUCAGAUAAAGAAAAAUCGGCAAAGGUAUCCAAGGAAGUUAAUAAAAUACGGAAUUUCGAACAAAGCUUGUUGGCUAAUUAUCAAUCUUAUUUACAGUCUCUUGAAAACGAAUUAAAAGAUGUAGCAAAAGAGAAAUGUACCGCAGAAGAAGCAUUGCAGUGUAUGUGUAAUCUUUUAACUUCUAUUACACAUUUCAAUUUUCGAUUGAACUUGAUGAAAACCAUUGUCACAAGAAUGAGUACACGCAAAUUCACAAAGAUGUCUGCAAUGUGUUGUGAUGCAAUUAUUGAAGUAUUUAAAAAUGAUGAAUCUGGAGAAGCAAGUUUAGAUGCUGUAAAAUUAAUUACAAAGAUGAUCAAAUCCAGAAAAUAUUUGGUUCAUGAAGAGGUUCUUAAUACAUUCUUACAUCUUCGGUUAAAAGAUGAACUUAAUACGAAAACUUCUUACGAGGAUGAAGUUAAAAAUACAAAAGGUAAAAAGAGAAAAUUUGAAAAACAAGUACCUAAAAAACAUCUAUCAAGGAAAAUGAAAAAGUUAGAUAAGGAAAGAAAAGAAGUUGAAAGGGAUAUGAAAGAAGCUGAAGCAGUAGUAGAUAAAGAAGAAAAAGAGAAAACACAUACAGAAACGUUAAAACUGAUAUUUAUAGCAUAUUUUCGUAUUUUAAAACAUGCCAAUAAAUCACCAUUGCUUCUUUCCGUAUUGGAAGGUUUGGCCAAAUUCGCCCAUCUUAUCAAUGUUGAUUUCUUUAAUGAUUUGUUAGAAUUGCUUAAGGAGAUUAUGAUUGAUGAUACAAAGUUUGAAGAAUCAGAUUUGGAAGAAAGAAAUGGAAAUGCAAUAAAUUUCAAUCACCAAAUAAAUACACGAAGAAGUUUAUUAUGUAUUAUUACUGCAUUUCAAUUACUUUCUGGACAAGGCGAAGCGCUUAGCAUUGACCUUAAGGAUUUUUAUACACAAAUGUAUACAGUUUUAUUACCUCUCGCUUUGAAUCCAUAUAUUGAGAGAAAUGAAUACUGUGAAAAAUUAAAAGAUGACGAGGGUAAAAUUAGUAAUGCUACUCAUGUAGCAACUGAACAAGAGCUGCUAAUUAAAGGAUUUGAUUUUAUGUUUUUCAAGCGAAGACAGAUUCCAAUUGAUAGAUCAGCAGCAUUUUUGAAACGUUUAUCAAUUGCUUGUAUGAAUUGGCCAAGUAAAACAGUUUUGAUAUGUUUAAACAAGAUGGAAAAAAUGAUUCAGAACCAAUCCCGAUUAGAUGCUCUUCUAGCAUCAGACGAUAAAGCUGCUAAUGGAAUAUACCGACCUGAGUUAAAUGAUCCUGAACUAUGUAAUCCCUUCGCAACAAGCUUAUGGGAAUUGGAUUUAUUACAGAAACAUUAUGAUCCGAAAGUUCGAACUGCAGCUGUUCAUUUAGCAACGCGUGAGUCGAAUAAGGUCAUUUAGGUUUGGCAGUUAUCGCAUCAUAUUUAUUUAUUUUUUUUUUUUUCAUAACAAAUUAAUAUGUAGAAAUACAACAAAAAAACCACGAAUAAAAAAUUUUUUCUUCAUGAAUGUGUAUUUCUAUAAAAUAUCAAUAAAAUU